AUGAAACGCAGCCGACCGACCAGUGCUCGUGACGAGCCGUCGUCGAAGCGUGCGAGCUCAUCGGCGAGUACGGAUAAGAACAAGAAGCCACGUACUGAUGCCCCGCUCGCACCACAUCUCGCAGCGCGGCCGCAGCCCUUGGAGGCGUUCCCUCGUGGUGGUGGCACGGGCCUAACGCCGGUAGAAUACCGCCAGUCCGUCUUGGAGGGUCGACGUGAGUCGGCGGCGGCUGCCGCGGACGACUUAUUCCAGGAAGGGGGUGCGUCGAAGCGCUCGAAGCUGGUUGGGAAGCAACGCAAGAAGACGAAGAAGGAAGAACGCAAACGCGACGUGCCGAAGGACCGUGUGCGUGUAGAGCUGCUCAACUACAAGCGAUUGAUGCCUGGCACAAAGAUCCUGUGCAAUGUGUUAGCGGUACACCCACUCGCUGUGGUGGUAUCGAUGUGUGACCAGCUGCUCGGUCAUGUCCCAGUGACAAGCGUCAGUCAAACCCUCACAGAACGUCUGCAGCGUGCGUUGGAUGACGAGGACGAGGAGGAGAGUGAUGAAGAGAAGGCUGCCCCGCCUGAGCUUCACGAGCUCUUCCAUGUCGGACAGUGGGUACGUGCCAGUGUGGAGUCGGUAAAUGCGCCAGGGGCUAAGCGCCAAUGGGGUAUGGGCCGUGAAGGCGGCGAAUACGAGCGUGAGAGCCAGCGUGUGCAGCUCACGCUGGAGCCGCGUGUGGUGAAUGAAGGCAUUCGCCUAGAGGAUCUAAGUGCAGGCUACCUACUCUCUGCCACCAUUCAGAGCGAAGAAGAUCAUGGCUACACGUUGGAUCUGGGUCUGCAAGACGACGUACAUGGGUUCUUGCCGUUCAAGGCGACUGGCGAUGCGCCGCUGCCGGUCGGCGCCGUGGUCCUUCUUACCGUGGACAGCGUGGAGGGCCGUGUAGUCCGAUGUGCCUACGCGACGAAGCCUACUACGAAGCCUGUGGCUACGCCGCCGAGUCAGACAGCUGUUCUGCCGGGCCUGCCUGUCAAGGCGCUAAUUACGGCACGUGUGCCGCAAGGUCUGAGUGUCAAACUGUUCGGCAUGUUGGACGGUACGAUUGACACGUUCCAUAUUCCGACGCAGCUGGAGGAAGAACAGCUGCAGCCCGGCCAGAAGAUUGACGCGCGCGUCCUCUGGAACAUGCCAGGCGACUGGGACCAGGCACAAGACGAUGCCCUAGACACGGUGGGUGCUCGUCGAAUUGGCCUGAGUGCCGCGCCGCAUGUUGUCUCGCUGACCUCGCCCCUGGUCGAGCACAAGGCCUUGCCAGAUGCCUACCCGAUCGGCACGCGCCUGCGUGUGCGUGUGGCGACGGUGUUUACAGAGUGGGGAUUGCUGUGCCGCGUCGUGGAUGCCCCCAUUUCGGCCUUUGUUCACAUUGCGCGUGUCUCGGACGACCACAUUGAAGCCCUGGCACCGACCUCCGGUGCGUACCAAGUCGGCUCGGAGCAUGAAGCACGCGUGAUUGGCCAUGCUAUGACGGAUCGAUUGCUCUUGCUUAGCUUGCAGACCUCGGUCCUGGAGAAGCAGUUUAUGCGUGUGAGCGAGGUGCCGGUGGGUGACGUUGUCCGUGUCACCAUCCGGAAAGUCACGCCGCAGGCCAUCUUUGUGCGUCUGAGCGGCAAUGUGGACGGCGUCGUGUUCCCUAUGCACUACUCGGACGUUCGCCUAGCGCACCCUGAGAAGAAGUUCAAGCCCAACUUGGAGCUCAAGGCCCGCAUCAUUCACACGGAUCCCAUGCGCAACCGCAUUGUCUUGACAUUCAAGCGCACGCUAGUGCAGUCGGAUCUCCCCCUUGUGUCGUCGAUCGAGCAGGCUCGUGUCGGUGUCAUUACCACGGCUGUGGUCCUCCGUCAGCUUCAGGCCAGUAUUCUCGUGGAGUUGGGCGGUACGCUUCGUGCUGUCGUGCCUUUCUCGGAGGCCUCCGAUACGAGUCUCACGCCGGGCCAGCUGCAAGAGCUGUACCCGACGGGCAAAGUGGUCAAGGUGCGGCUGACCAAGGUCGAGCCGGACACGGGCCGCAUUACGGCAAGCAUCAGGCAAACCUCGGCCGUCUACUUGGAAAAGCUGAAUGUCGAUGCGGUGCAGGUGGGCGAGGAAGUGCAGGCUCGCGUCGCGGCGAUCAAGGACGACGUGGCCAUCACGACGUUGGAGCCCAGCGGCACACGUGCGUUGAUCGCAUUGAGCUACUUGGCCCAGCAGCGCAGCUGCAGUGUACGUGAGCUUCACAAUGAGCUGCAGGAAGGCGAUCUGCUGGAACGGCUGUAUGUGGUAUCGAAGAACAAGGCCAAAGGUCUGGUCAUCCUAAGCCAUGAGCCUCCAGCGAAGGCGGCGCCUGUGGCCCCUGGUGCCGUGCAUCACGGCAAAGUCAUGGAGCGGCAGGAAGCCCAGCUCACUUGCACUGUGGCCCUCGCAGGCACCAACUGUCGUGCGCGUCUGCAUGUGACAGAGUGCAACGAUGAUCUGAGUAAAGCUGUGCUGCCUUCGCUGCAUGACGUCAUUGAAUGUGUGGUAUUGGACGUACGCAAGCAUGGCCGAGAGGCCGAAGUCUCGACACGUCUCUCGCGUCGAGACCAAGAGGAUGCGAAGGAUCCUGUGGUGGACCGUGCGGACCAGCUGGAAGAAGGUAUGCAUGUGCGUGGUAUCGUCAAGUCUGUGACGGAUCACGGUGUUUAUGUCUCGCUGGGUCGCCGUGUGGAUGCGCGUGUUAUGAUCAAGGAGCUCUUUGAUGAGUACGUGAAAGAUUUCCGUGGUCGGUUCCAUGUGGGCGAGUGUGUGCGUGGUACAGUGCUGCGUGUCGAGCCGUCCGGCAAGGUGGAGCUGUCGUUAAAGAAGAGCCGGCUCUCGCCUACCAAGUCAUCCAAGACCAGUCGUUGGCACGAUUUCCAUGAAGGUGACAAGGUCAAUGCCUACAUCCGCGGCACGGCUGAUUAUGGUGUGUUUGUGCAAGUCGAUGGCACAGAUAUCAGUGGCUUGUGUCAUAAGAGUGAGUUGUCCGACAGUCAGUCAGCAGAUGCCGUUCGUGCGUUUGCCGUGGGCGAUCGUGUGAAGGCUGUCAUCCUGAAAAUAGAUGCCGAAAAGAAGCGGAUCUCGUUCGGUCUGAAGCCCUCGUACUUUGACGAAGAGGAUAUGAGCGACGACGAGGAAGAGGGCACCGACGACGAGGAUGACGAAGAGGGCAACGAUGAUGAGGAGGAAGACGAGGUCGAGCAGGAUUUGAUUGAUGACGAGGCGGAGGUGGAUGAUGAUGUGGAGGAAAGUGAAGACGAGGAGGACAGUGAGGAGGACGAGGAGGAUAUGGCCGACUUUAUCGAUGAUGGUGAGGAUGUCGACGAGGACGAGGACGAGGAGGACGACGAGGACAUGGCCGAUUUUAUCGACGACGAUGACGACGAUGUCAAUGCCGACGAAAACGACGACGACGACGACGACAGUCACUUGCCGAAGCAGUCACUCCAGGAAGGCUUCCGGUGGGGUGCGUCUACGGAGGCCAGGGACGACGACAAUGACGACGACGAGUCGGACGAUGAGCCGAUGCCCAAGGCCAAGGCCAAAAACAAAAAGACGUCGUCAGAGGACAUUACUGCCGAACUGGAUACCAAGAAACUCGAGUCGGCAACCGAUUACGAACGUCUUCUUCUAGGCUCGCCCAACAGUUCGUACCUGUGGAUUCAGUUCAUGACCUUCUACUUGCAGUUGGGCGACGUCGAUAAAGCGCGUCAAGUGGCUCGACGUGCGAUCAAAGUCAUCAAUUUCCGUGAAGAGCAAGAAAAGCUGAAUGUUUGGAUUGCGCUCCUCAACGUCGAGAAUAUGUACGGAUCGCCGGAUACAUUGAAUGGUGUGUUUAAAGAAGCCAUUCUGCUGAACGAUGCGUAUGAAGUGCAUAUGCGUCUGAUUGCCAUCUAUGAACAGUCGAACAAGGUGGACGAAGCGAUUGAUCUUUUCAAGCGGGCCGCCAAGAAGUUUGGCGCACGUGUGACAUUAUGGAUAGAUUGGUACCAAUUCUACCUUCGCCACGAUCGCGCAGAGGAAGCACAUGCGCUGGUCUCGCGCAGCUUGCAGAGCCUUGAUCGCGUGGAUCAUAUUCGUGCGCUGACGGCCUAUGCCUUGGCCGAGUUCAAGUUGGGCGAUGUCGAGCAUGCACGGACGAUGUUUGAGACGCUAGUAUCGCGCUACCCUAAGCGCCUGGAUCUAUGGUGGCAGUACAUGGACCAGGAAGCGCGGGUAGAGAAUAUCAACGGCGUUCGUUCGCUUAUGGAACGUGCUAUGGUGGCGCGAAAGCACACGACGAAGCAGAUGAAGUCGCUCCUCCAAAAGUGGUUGGUCCUGGAGAAGCGUAUCGGUGAUGACGCGGGUGUCCAAGCCGUGCUGGACCGUGCGCGUGCCUUUGUGGCGCGUGUCCAAGGCCAAGAGACGUCCAAGGACGAUGAGGACGACGACGAUGAGGACGACGACGAAGAGGACGACGACGACGACGACAUGUAA